AUGCAGCACUUCGCAAAUCUGCUCCUCAAGCACAUAAUUCAAAGGGGCUUCUUUGAUGACACUUCGAAGAGGCAGUGCCUGCAGUAUUUAAGAGCUCUGAGGACACUGCAGCUUAAUGGUUUCAACACCGUUUUUUUAGGGGAAACAGAUACUCCAGAAAGUCUUAUAACAGAAGAAAAAGCAGCCAAGGAGGCCAGCCUGCGUUGGCCAGUAUGGACACUUGUUCAUGCUGGCAGCCACCAAGGAUGGGUGCCCUGGAGGUACACGCUGCAGCUAAGAGGUGAUCUGCCCAUCCAUCAGCAGAAUGGUGUCUUUCAGGAGUUGUGUGAUUCUCUAACCGCCUCCUAUGGGAAGUGCGUAAUUGUGAUGAGGGAUAAAACGCAGCCGACACAUGUGGGGGCAAAAGAUGGCAAGGAGCCAGAGACAAGAACUCGGCUGCCAGUUCCACCAGAGAUCUACAUGACCAGUAUCGAGUGUUGCCCUGAAGUUGCUAGAGCAAACGGCCAUGAGCUUCUUUUUGUGCCUUCAUCUUACAACUAUCUCUAUCCUAUGGAUGUUGCCUGGUCUUUUUUGAAAUGGUUUAUUAUAAAUAACAGGAAGGACUUUGCCCUGAGGUCUAUUGAGAGGACUCACUCCUAUAGGUGUAUCCUCUUCAGUGACUUGAUUGUUAAAGGAAUAGAGAAGAUGACCCCAAACAAAUGGAAGAUAGUGAUUGACAGAGUGAAGAGAUGGGAGAACUACUACCUUGACACACUUUCUUAA